UUUUAGUCGUGUUUUAUUCAGCAAUUAUUUAUUUGGGUAAAUUUGUUAUGAUACGGUGCUUACUUGAACAUUUUCUCUCAUUAUUUUGUUGCAAGUGGGCUCAAUCCAAGCUAAACAAUUACAAUAUGUAUUGCAUUGUAAAAUCAUUUUUCUUAAAGUUCAUCUGUAUAUCACCAUAAGAUAUUAACUCCAUUUCGCACCAAAAGCUCACCUCACUUUUUUUUCCUAAUAGCAAUAAAUAAUAGGGUUGGUUCUCAAGUCGAUAUCUUUAAUUGCUCCUGGGUUGUAUCAAUACCAGGCGGUCUCGCUGCUCCAUCGUCAGCCACUGGGAACGGGGUUGCCGGGGAAACGGCCGCAUGGCAACAGGAUCGGAGCUUGGGGGUUGUCUGCUUCUAGCUCUGCUCCCAUUUUAAACCGCCUUUCCUCGCUAGAUGGUGUGCAAGCCACUGGAGAGUACACUUCCCCGCACAGUGGACUCACAGCAUCGAACGAACCCGGGACAACUCAACGCUCGUCCAUAGUCGGCUGCGUGGAGCGUGGAAAUAAAGACUUUCUCUUCAUAUUCGCUCCAAAUUUUGGCAAGACUUGGGCAAGAGCGGCGGCUACGUCCAGUUGUGACGGACACGAUGAUUGCGCUGUCGGAUGCUUGUUUCUCUGGUCAGUGGCUAAGUGCGAUCCUCCUCAGCCUGGGCUGCCUCCUAUCGCCGUGCUUGCCCGCCGGACAAACUGUGGACUAUUCCUCCGUGGAAAGUGUGGUCAGCAGGCAAGGCGACACGGCUCUCCUCAGGUGCUACCUGUUGGAUGGGAUCUCAAAAGGAGCCUGGCUGAACCGCUCAAGCAUCAUUUUUGCAGGGAAUGACCAGUGGUCCACAGACCCGCGUGUGUCUAUUGUGUCCAGCGUUGGAGACAAGCACGAGUACAGCCUUCAGAUUCAGAAGGUGGAUGUAUCGGACGAUGGCCAGUACACGUGCUCAAUUCAAAGCGAGCGCAACCCACGGCCUAAACUUCUCAACCUCAUUGUAAAAGUUCCUCCCAAGAUACAUGAUAUUUCCUCUGACAUCACGGUAAACGAGGGCAGCAACGUGUCGCUCGUCUGCAUGGCCAGCGGGAAACCUGAGCCAGCCAUUUCCUGGAGACACAUAACCCCAUUAGCCAGGAAGUAUGACAGCGGUGAAUAUCUCAACAUCACUGGCAUCACAAGGGACCAAGCUGGAGACUAUGAAUGCAGUGCUUUAAAUGACAUCGCCUCUCCUGACACCAAAACAGUAAAAGUCACAGUCAACUUUGCCCCAUCCAUCCAUGAGAUGAAGAGCCACGGUGUUAGUUUGGGACGCACAGCUCUGCUGAGGUGUGAGGCGGCUGCUGUGCCUUCGCCAACAUUUGAGUGGUUCAAAGGGGAGAAAAGGAUUAUCAAGGGCCAGGGCAUCGACAUCAAGAGCCUCAGUUCCAGAUCAGUUCUAACAGUGACCAACAUGACAGAGGAUCGUUACGGGAACUACACGUGUGUCGCUACCAAUAAACUUGGGACCGCUAAUGCCAGUGUGCCUCUUAUCCCAAUUAUUGAACCCACCACCACUAGUGCUGUCUCAAGGCCAGCUCCCAACACUGCGCCCUACGGGAGUACAGGAAGUGCGCACGUCCCGAUGGCCUGCCGGUACCUGGUCCUGGCUCUGACCACCUUGAUGGUGGCGUACUAACGGCGGAGCGGCGAGCAAAAUGACUGUCGAGAGCAUUUACGAGUCUUUGGUGGCAUCACCCAUGACUGGAUUCCAAUCGGGAGGAGUUUGUCGCAAGGCAAAGAGUGGAAAAUAUUCAUUAUUUUUCCGUUUUUGUCAUGGUGAACUUCAUGUAAAUAGUAUUUGUUGUUUACUUUAUUUGCGUUUUUUAAUUUUUUGAUUGAUGGAUGAAAUCAGCCCCUCCCCCUCCCUGGCAUCCAAUCAUAUCAAACGCUCAGCUUCACUUACUCUGUUUAUCUUAUCUCAUGACUAUAACAAAACAACUGUGCCAAUUCUAUUCUCUCAGUGCAGAUUAUUACCAUAACAAUGUUCUUUUGAAUGUAUUGUAGGUAGCUGAAUGGAAGAAAAAUCUCAUUUGACUGUAAAAAAAAACAAAAAAAAAAUAUUCAAAAGCAGUAGUCACCUCAUUUUGUUUGUGUUCCGUUGGUGUGCCUGUUUAGCAGCUUCAAUCAGGUAGGCAAAGUAGAAAAGUCACCUGUAACAUCUUUAUCUGAACAAACACAUUUUUUUUUCUUUAUUUGGACUUCAUUCAAAUGGCAAUGUACAGAUGACGGCCUCGUUUACCCUUCGCAGAUAUAAAUGUUUGUCACAUUUCUUCAAGAUUUGUUUCUGUCGAGAGGAAAAGCCGAGCUCACGUGCUUUGCUCAUAUCUUGAAGUUUUAAUGGGCCACUGUUUGCAUUUCGGGAGGGUGACUCACUCCUCUGUCUUUUACAAAAGAGUUCAUUCAAAAAUGGAUCUCAAAAUGGAUGGAUACCUUACAGUGUUGUUGCACUUGAGAUUGUUACGGUAUCUGCCACUUUCAAGAGUGCCAUGAAGUCGGAAAGUGGCCGUUUAGAUUAGAUGAAACGUUUCAGCAGAAAACAUUAUCAUGUGUGAGUCGUUAAUUUGAUUUUUUUUUUUUUUUAAACAGCCUAUUUUGGGGCAGACGGAAUGGCAUAUACACUGUAUAGAUUAUAUAUAUCAACAUACACAUUAACAUGCAGCACCGGUUGUAUGAAAUAGCUAUUUCUAACAUAGCCAAUAAAUACAGGCUAAUAUCGUUUCUAAAGCGUGUUUGUGGGCACCGCCAUAGUUGUGACAUCAAACUGCUGCAUCCUGUGCAGUAAGAAAACAUGGCUUUGCCGUGAUUUGACAAUUUGAAUCUUCAAUUUUGUUUUCCAAUUUUCCCAGUUCUCUGUAAUGCAGUAUUUCUACCAAACCAACUCUGUCAUUGCCACACUUUUUUUUUCAUAAAUAAGCUUAAACAUGGCAGAAAAUGUUCUCCUAAGGUACAUGCGAAUUCUAGAAAAGUAAUUAUCUUUAAAACGUGCUUACUUUUCAUUCCAAGUAUUUGCCAUGUUAGCUGCGGAAAACUGCUUAGCAACCCGAGCUUGAAUCAUCCACAGACAAAGUGAGCGUCCAUCGCACUAAAUCAAGCGUUCUAUUUUUCUUCAUUUUGUAAACUGAACCUGGUGACUUCUGACUUUCAGUAUACGGCAUAAUCAUCCUCCGGUAUCUAUCGAUCUACAAUGUAAGAAUAUACUGCAAUGCCUUAAUAGUAAUGUAAGUAAAGUACUCACUGAAAGACAUUUAGACAAGCCACUAAAUGUUUGUUUGACAUACUGUAUUCUUGAAUGUUCCAUCCGAUCAAAGAGUGCAAAUCAUUCAAUUGGGCGUAAAUUGAAAAGAACAUUUAACUGAGUUGCCGUCAUGUCAAACUCCCAAUAUGCUCACAUGAACUUGAAACUGCAAAUCUUCUAGCGAAAUAGCCAUGGCAGUUAAAAGACUUUAAAGCACAAACACUGUUAUUGCUUCUAUGUUUGGUUUUGUGGUGAUUUAUUUUUAUUGUAGGCUUGUUAAACAAAUGAAAAAAAAAAAAAAAGUGAAAAGAGAAAAUCUGCACCAUAUGGUCUUGUUUAAAUGUUAAUCUACAAUGAACAAUGAGUGAGGAAUAUAUUUAUUCACUUCCUUUAUAAAAACAAUGUGUAAAAGUACAUUUGAAACAACCGGUUAUGUGACACUUGUUGGAUUUGAAUGGGCAUACAGUGGCAUUGAUUGAGGUGUCAUGACUGUCCGGGGGAUUUAUUUGUCGAGUAAAAGAACAAAUGUUUGCAAUCAA